GACAGUGGCAGAGACAGACCUGUGUCGUGCACACCGCGGACGGACAGACGGACAGACAUGGAGGGCUCCACGGAGGAGGACUACAAAGAGAAAUUAUUAUGGAACGUCAAACGGGAGGUGAAGCAGAUUAUGGAGGAAUCAGUGACUAAGAAAUUUGUCCACGAAGACAGCAGCCACAUCAUUGCUUUGUGCACUGCCAUCGAGGCCUGCCUGGGUCACAUGCUGAAGAGGCGGGCAGCUGGUUUUCUCCGUAGCGACAAGAUCGCCGCCCUCUUCACCAAAGUCGGCAAAGUGUACGACGCAGCCGGCGAGGUUUGCCGUAAAGUGCAAGAGCAGCUCCAGCAGCAGGCUGAUCUCACCAGGAGAACCCAGAGUGUGGGCCAUGAACCUCUGAGGAGACAGGGCUCCUCCACCACCAGCCGUCCCCCUCAGCCCCUCUCUGCCCAGGCCAUCAAACACAUCUGGGUUCGAACGGCUCUCUUUGAGAAAGUUCUGGACAAUAUAGUGCAGUACAUCGUGGACAACUCCAGUAAAUACUAUGAGAGGGAAGCUCUGAUGCAUGACUCAGUUUUCGGGCCCAUCUUGGCAGCCUUACUGGUGGGGCCAUGUGCUCUGGAGUACACCAAACUGAAGACAUCGGAUCAUUUCUGGACAGACCCCUCAGCCAACGAAUUGGUUCAGCGCCAUCGUAUCCAUGGGGCCCAUCGGGGCCAAGACACCUCGGCCGGCCGCCGGCCUGCCCUUGGGAUCCGCAAGAGGCAGUCCAGUGGCAGCAUGUCAGAGGACAGGUUUGCGGCAUCAGCGAGGGAAUAUGUGGAGUCUCUUCACCAAAACUCCAGAACACACCUUCUCUAUGGCAAAAACAACGUCCUCGUGCAACCGAAGAAGGACAUGGAGGUUUUGCGGGGCUACCUGUCACUACACCAGGCUGGGGAGAACCUCACCCUGAAGUGGACACCUAACCAGCUCAUCAACGGCACGCUGGGAGACUGUGACCUGGAGAAGAGUAUCUACUGGGACUAUGCCCUGACUGUCCCACUGCGUCAGAUAGUCUGUAUCCACUGUCACCAACGCCCUGACUGUGGUGGUACACUGGUUCUGGUCAGUCAGGAUGGGAUCCAACGGCCUCCCCUCCACUUCCCCCCUGGUGGUCACCUCCUUGCUUUCCUCUCCUGUCUGGAAACAGGCCUUUUGCCACGGGGUCAACUGGAGCCCCCCCUCUGGUCCCAGAAAGGCAAGGGAAAGGUGUUCCCUAAACUGAGGAAGAGGAGCAGUGCUGCUAGGCUCAUAGACCAGGACAGGAACGGUGAGGAGGAGACAGCUGCUGACUACGUGUUUCGCAUCGUCUACCCUGGAUACCGCUACGACGCAAUCACUAUAAACUACCACCACACCACGGGCAGCCGUGCUCCGUCGCUGGACGAUGACGAGGAAGAGGAAGAUAGGCUCCAUGCUAUGAUCUCAAUGAUCUGCUCGCGGAACCUCACAGACCCUAAUGUCAUGAAAGUGAAUUGUAGGUGCAGCUGCAGCUCCCGAGUGUCAGAUGGAGGGGGACAGGAAGAGGAGGAGCACAAGCACAAAGAGAGGAAGUCUCAGGGCAUGAGCGAGUCUUCAGCGCACACCAUCUUGAUGGAUGAACAGUUACAAACAGUCAGUAAAACUGUCAACCACGGGGAGAUGAUGGAGAUGCAGGGUUUCGGAGGCAGCCCGUCGUCGUGGCAACAGGCCGAAGUAACCACUCACGAGUCGCUGUGCCAGUCCUGCACCACGGCGGGUAGCAACGUGUCGUUCGACUACCCGGCCGGCUGUACCUGCAUACACGACCCAUCAGACAUUCAUACUGUUCCUCUUAAGAUGCUCUGCCAGAACAUGAAGAGGCAGAUAGUCUCCAGAGCCUUUUAUGGAUGGCUGGCCUACUGUCGACACCUGUCCACUGUGCGGACUCACCUGUCAGCUCUGGUCAACCACAACAUCGUCCCUCCAGACAGACCCUGCGAGGCGGCCGGGGGCCUCAGCAAAGAGGUGUGGAGCAAAUACCAGAAAGACUGCAAGAACUAUAAGGAGCUGGAGCUGCUUAGGCUUGUUUAUUAUGGCGGAGUGCAACAUGACAUCAGGAAGGAGGUUUGGCCUUUCCUGCUGGGACACUACAAGUUCGGCAUGGGCAAAAAGGACAUGAGCCAGAUUGAUGCAAAGAUCAGCGAGCGCUACCAGCAGGUGAUGCGUGAGUGGAAGGCAUGUGAAGUAAUCGUCAAGCAGAGGGAGAAGGAGAUGCAGUCGGCCAUCUUUGCCAAGCUCUCCUCCGGCAGCAGCAUUGACAGCCAUGUCCUACGACUGGUUCACAGAGACUCCACACUCAGCAAUGAGGUGUUUAUGUCGGUGGAUGAGCCGGAUGCGGGGAGCCAGGAGACCCCCAAUGGAGAGGACAAUACCCCCACCAUGACCACCCUGGUUCCCCCUGCAGCCCUCCCCCCAGAGGAGCGCCCUCUGGUGGAGUUUGACUCCCCUGACUCGGGUCUCCCCUCGUCCAGAAACUACUCUGUGACCUCUGCUCAUUCUCAGAUCCUGUCCAGCAUAGACGACGGUCAGAGUACGGAGGAGGAAGGGGGGGGUGGGGAGGAGGGCAGCACUCCGGGGGUGCUGGGUGGGCGUCAGGACUCUCUGACAGAGGACAGGCUGUGCAGUCAGCUGGACAAACUGGUGACCAAUGGAGCUGCUGCAGAGGGGAUAUCACCUUCACUCUCCUCAUAUACGAUCGAGCUGUUGGACACAGUUGCCCUCAACCUCCACAGGAUAGACAAAGAUGUGCAGCGCUGCGACCGCAACUAUUAUUACUUCACCACAGCCAACCUGGAGAAACUACGCAACAUCAUGUGCAGCUAUGUGUGGGAGCAUUUAGAGAUGGGCUACGUUCAGGGCAUGUGUGACCUGCUCGCUCCACUCAUGGUCAUCCUGGAUGACGAGUGCCUGGCUUACAGCUGUUUCACUCAGCUAAUGAAGAGGAUGAGUCAGAACUUCCCUAAUGGUGGAGCCAUGGACACACACUUUGCCAACAUGAGGUCACUGAUUCAGAUCCUGGACUCCGAGCUGUUUGAACUGAUGCAGCAGAAUGGAGAUUACACUCACUUCUACUUCUGUUACCGCUGGUUCCUGCUGGACUUCAAGAGAGAGCUCCUGUACGAAGAUGUGUUUGCGGUGUGGGAGGUGAUCUGGGUGGCUCCUAGGAUUUCCUCGCAGCAGUUUGUGCUCUUUCUGGCCUUGGCCUUGGUCACAGUUUACCGCGAAAUCAUCAUCGACAACAACAUGGACUUCACUGACAUUAUCAAGUUCUUCAAUGAGAUGGCUGAGCGCCAUGAUGUCCAACAUAUCUUGAAGAUAGCACGUGAACUGGUGCACAAAGUCCAGUCUCUGAUGGACAACAAGUGACUAUAGAGGAAGAGGAGGACUGGGAGAAUGCAGAGUGAGAGUGUCUGACCCUACAGGACACUCCGCUCUUCAUCUCAUCCUUUACAGAGUGUUACCAGGCCUCCACCUGUCCAAAGUAAGUCCAGGGAGUCCAGGUUUCCUCCCUGCCCAAAUGAAGGCCCUGGGAGUGGGGCAGGAACGCUGCUGAGGUCAGCCUAGCUCUGGAGCUCAGCCUCAAUCUGUUUACAUUUACCUUCACAUGGAAUGCCCAUGGUGUCCGUUCAGACAUGUGGAUUUGUCUGCAUGCUUGUGAGUUUGAUCACACUGUGAACGCAUUCUUGAGUCUCCCCAGUUCUACAGAGCUUGUGUGUGCAUGAAAACACACACACACACACACACAGACACACAGACACACACACACACACACACACACACACACACUCCAACUCCAACAACAUUGGCUCUAUCAAUACUCCAGUGUCACCCUAACUCAGAACCAGAAUGUGUUAGAUGCCUGUCAGGAAGGCUGAAGCGUUCUCAGUGUUUGAUGAACGUGUUCCUCCAUGCAAUGCCAGCGGAGGCCACUAGAGUGCAGGAUUUACCUACAACAUUGUCAGAGGAGCUGAAGUCUUAGCCACGAAGAAGUUUUCAUUAGUGACCAAAUGGACUGUGCCAACUACCUUUUCAUGAGCGUUUUCUACAACAAGCAUGUGUGUUUUAUCCCCCCCCCCCCCUCCCUCCUUUUUGUCCAGAGUUAAUUAUCACACAAAUGUUGCCUUUAUCAGUAACAGCCCAAGGUUCUUAGUUGCACUUUUUGUGAUGGUUUCCUAAUCAUAGUCGGUAGGGGCCAGAGGCACCACAAGAGGCCAAACUGUUGAGAAACUUGGAAUGAAUUGCAGCCAUUUUUCCUGACCAUGUUAAUUAGUGUUUAAAGCAUUUUAAUCCUUGCAGCAGAGCACAACAGUAAAGACAAAAGCACAUGGCCUUCCUCCCUACUUUAAUAUGAAACUUGUGAACCUGUAUUUUGUAGUACCAUGAUUUUAGUUCAGGGUCACUGGGGACGCUGAGGUCAUGUCUCCAGUAAUAUUUCUGGGAAUUUGGUGCAUUUAAUGACCUGAGGUGGCUUUUACAUUCUAUGAUUAAAUACAUAUUAGUUUUUUAAUAUCCAAAACUUUUUAGACCAUUGUGUUUUUUUUCCUACUCUCAGAAAAAAAAUUUAAUUCUUAAGAUUUCUUUUUAUGGCUAGUCAAGUGACACAUUCAAUUAUCCAUAACACAGUAUUAUAGAUUUUUGGCUGGUUAGAAGAAGUAGACAUGUCAGACUGAGAGAAAGAGGGUAUAAAAUAAACAUGAUUAGGAAAAUCCUUCGAGAACGGAAAGAAAAUGUCAUAUUCAUCAUAAUUACCAAUAUCUAAAGAUGGAUAUUCAUUUAAGAAUAAGACUGGCAUUAUUCUAUAUUUUAGUUAUUGUCAACAAAUCCUAUGUGAAAACCAAAACCAACAUCCCUACCCCUGUCUGUGGAACUCAAGCGUACUGAAGACGGGUUAGGGUUAAAGGGUUUCAACUGAUUUUAAAAUUAUUCCUUCCUGAGAAUAUGUCACUCUUUUCCUGGGAUUUCUUGCCAUAAACAGGCUUCUUAACUAUAAAAUGCAUUUAUAUUACAUUUGUUGUAAUUUUAUGAUAUAAUUUGUUCAUAUGUGUUAGAUAAUGUGGUAAUAAUAGAUCAGUUCUUCUUAAAAGUACAUCUUAAAUGUGGAAAAACACAUGGUCCUGGCACAGAGGAGAAUGUAAGGUAUAUUGGCUUUGACUACACACAAAAUACUUGUUAGUAGAAUACAUUCUCUGUUGGUUUUGGUCUUUUCAUGGGAUUUGUUGACAAUAAGAAAAUCUGUAUAUUGCCUUAUCCUUUAAAUGAAUCCAUGUUUGUCUUUGGAACUGGAGUCAAACAUGCUCACUGAUCUGAAGGCACCAUGAAGACUGUUAAACUUCUUCUUGCGUUCAGCAGUACCGUCAGGAAAAGUGGUUGCAAUAGUCCAUGUGGAUCAUCAUUCUCCUCCUGCCUAAAGUCCAGCUUCUGAAAAUAAAACAUACUGGGCUGGUCUUUAUAACAGAUCUGUGGUCCCAGUUUUUUUUUUUUUUUUUUUGAAAAGAAGCUGCUUUAAAAGCCAAACUUUCUCUAGUGUUCGGUGAAUCAGUAUUAGGUUGGUUUUGGCUUCUCAGUAACAGCACAGAGUACAUUCAUAUUUGUAUGUGAAGGGAAUCUGGGAAAUUUUUGAUACCGUUUUCAAUCCCCCUCAUUAGUGUAACCCUCGAUCUCCACCCUCCUCGCCUCCUUAAAAUGUCCAACACGGCUGCAUAUGAUUGGUCAUCCAGCACGGACCUGCACCUGUGAUUCAAGUGCCAAGAGUCUUCCCCAAUCCUGAAGUGUACUGUAGUCAUCCGGCUCUCUGAUUUGCUAGUUUGAUCCCAGGAACGGGCGGUGGUGUGGAUGUACCUCGCUUACGGCCUCUCCCCCUCCCCCACCCCGCCGCUAGGGUGGUGGAGGGCUGGCGGGGAAACCAGGGCCCAUAGCAGAGCUUUUUCUUCCAAUCAGGACCUUGUCUACCAAAGCCUUGAAACAGCCCCCUCUGUGGCAUGACAACAAUGUGCAAUUUCAUAAUGCAUCUUGAAGACUGACUGUUUACUAUGUGUGUAAAAUAUUUUUGAAAAUGGUUGUCUUGGAUUCUUUAACUACUGUGCAAUUUGUCGUUUCAGAAAAUCCAUCGAAGUCUAUAUUGCUGUAAAUACGAACCAAAAGCCCAAUAUUUCUAUAAAGACAGUCAGAACAUAUAUAUAUAUAUAUAACUUAUUUUGAGAUCUAUUUUUUAUGUUGGUUUUAGCAGCACUAGUUGGAGGUGUGUACUGUGCAGAAAUGCAGAAUGUGUGCAGACUAUGUUACACGUUGACUGUUAAGUGUUCUUUCUCAAUGUUGUGCACUGAUUUUAAAUUUCUAUUUAGAGAGCCAAUGAUUGCAUUGCUGAAUAUGUAUUGGUAAGGACGUAUCAUUUGCCUUGAAUGUAAUGUAUUAUUAAAUAAGCAUUUGUUCAUUA